UGCUUUGUUGACCGGCGGCGGUGUGAACGCAUUUCGCAGGAUGAUGGACGCUAGAACCGAAACGAAACCACCGCCACUAAAGGACGUCAGAAGUGGUAGAUUCACAGCAAAAGACAAACUCUACAAUGACGUAUGUGUGGAACUGAAACGAUCUGGAGCAGAAUUUCCAAAAUCUCUUCUCCCUGAUGAAGUUAUGAAGCAGGUUGGGGCGAUUGUUGACCUGCUCUGGUACAUUGAUGGGAAUGUAUCUACUAUUCAGGAAAGGUCUACACACGUACCAACAGAGAUCACACCAGUGCCAAAUAGGUUCUUGAAGUUUGAAGGCUACAAUGAUUGGAGGAAAAAGAAGUCAAAGAAGCCACAGCUACAUGCAAAAGAUCUUGAUAUUCAUACCCAAAUCGUAUUUCGUUUGACAAGCAAGCCCUAUGUACAUGUUUGGAAUAAUGAACUUAAAAAUGAUUUAAAUUCCUUGGCAGCUUCCCUCAGCUCUUAUGCCUCCUACUUGAAGUCGAGCAACAUCAAACAGCAAACUAGGCAACAACAGCUUUAUCCAGUUCGACAGCUUCAGGCUUCACACCAAGAUGAUCACUAUUGUGCAGCACAGUUCAAAUAUAUGCGUGAGUUUGCUGUGAAACAUCGAGACAGAGUUACCUUUGUGUGUCUAGAUGACAAAUCAAAACUAGAUUUUGGAGAGCCGGGUGCUGCCUUAUCAUCAGGAGUGCGCGGAGGGAAAGAAAUCUGUUGUUCCUACUACAUCAACUCUUUCAUGUUUGGAUCAUGA